AUGCCUUCUCCUACCUCGCGCCGAUCUGACCCCGAGGCGUCCGGUCCAAAGCCAUCCAGCUUUAGGCUAUCUAAGCGCAAACCAACCUCCUCCAAGCAUGCUCGGACCCUGGAAAGAGACAAUAAGCCUACAUUUGAGCAGGAUCGCGAAAGCCUCUACAAUUCCCUGAUGCACCGAAGCCGCCUCAUCAACCGCGAACCAGAGAAGUACAUGACAGUUGCAGUAUACCUAACCAAAAUAGCGCCAGAGUUCGACAAGAUCAAACACCUCGCAGGAAAACUUCAGAAACAGGGACGAGGCGUUCCUCUCUGCUUCCCAGCGCGAUGCGACAUGAUCAAAGAAGAAAUGCAGAGACUUAGCCAAGGACUCACGGGUAAGACUCUGCCCCCGGACCUGGGCUCAUUAUUGAUCGAGAUGCUCGCUAUCCACUUUGGGAGAUUGACUCUAGAUGGCAAUAGUACUGCUGAUGAAUUUCCCCAAGCUUUGGAACGGAAGAUUGGAUCGAAUCAGUUUGACUGGAAGAAGCGGAAUAAGAUUGAUCGGAAGGGUCAGCUUGUUGUUCGCUAUGCCCAUCCGAUCUUUGUUAGAUUGAAUCAGGCUAUUCCAGGCUGUCAGUGUCUUCAGUGUGCUAUGCGGACACGGGCCAGUGUUACGAAGAGGGAUUGA